GUUCAACGUGGAUCAGUUGCUACACAUCAAAUGCAAUAUAUACCGCACACUCCGGCCACCGGUGGAAUACGUCAAAAACGUCUGAUCAUCACUUCCGACCAGUCUCCGACAGAUAUCAGAUUUGUUAAAACAUCAUCAUCAUCAUCAUCAUCAUCCACGAAUUAAUAUCUUGUGACUUUACGAAUCAUUGAUCCAAAUUCUGAAGAUCUUCAUUAAUCUCACGUCAUGUUGUGACUAGAAACCUUGGUGACUAUUCAUCUUUCAAGAUUAUGGGUGAACCUGCAAGAUUGAGUGAUUAUCAAGCGGAAAGCGGUUGCCUUUCGAUUAUUGUGCUUGGUGCUUCUGGUGAUCUUGCCAAAAAGAAGACCUUUCCUGCACUCUUUCAUCUCCAUCGUCAAAGAUUCAUUGAGUCACAUGAUGUCCAUAUUUUUGGCUAUGCUAGGACCAAAAUGUCGGAUGACGAUUUGCGGGACCGUCUUCGUGAAUACUUGACACCGCGCAAAGGUGGUGAAGAAACACACGACGAAGAUGUAUCCAAGUUUCUUCCACUGAUCAAAUACAUAAGCGGCCCUUAUGAUGCCGACGAAGGAUUUCAGUCAUUGGAUGAGGCAAUAUCUGCAUAUGAAAUGUCGAAAGAUGACAAAGGAGGAUCCUCCAGGAGACUCUUCUACUUUGCUCUUCCUCCAUCUGUAUAUCCACCUGUCUGCAAAAUGAUAAAGAGGUUUUGUAUGAACAAAUCCGAGGGUGGUUGGACACGAGUUGUGAUUGAGAAGCCUUUUGGCAAGGAUCUGGAGUCAUCUGAAACAUUGAGUACACAGAUAGGAGACUUGUUUAACGAAUCACAGAUCUACCGUAUCGAUCAUUACUUGGGAAAGGAGUUGGUGCAGAACUUGCUGGUGCUUCGUUUUGCGAAUCGAUUAUUCAUGCCACUGUGGAACCAUGACAACAUUUCAACUGUACAGAUUGUAUUUAAAGAGGAUUUUGGAACUGAAGGUCGUGGCGGCUAUUUCGACGAAUACGGAAUUAUUAGGGACAUCCUUCAAAAUCAUUUACUGCAGGUGCUUUGCCUGGUUGCAAUGGAGAGGCCUGUCUCUUUAAAGCCCGAGCAUAUUCGAGAUGAGAAAUUGAAGGUUCUCCAAUCUGUUAUCCCCAUUAAGGAUGAAGAAGUGGUGCUCGGACAGUAUGAAGGUUAUACAGAGGAUCCCACUGUUCCUAAAGAUUCAAACACUCCCACGUUUGCAACCGUAGUUAUAAGAAUUCACAAUGAAAGAUGGGAAGGUGUUCCAUUUAUACUGAAGGCUGGUAAAUCAAUGAAAUCAAGAAAGGCUGAAAUCAGAGUACAAUUUAAGGAUGUUGCUGGUGAUAUAUUCAAGCCAAAGAGAAAAGGGAGGAAUGAGUUUGUCAUUCGACUGCAACCUUCAGAAGCCAUUUACAUGAAGCUAACAGUCAAGGAACCGGGCUUGGAGAUGAAAACAACUCAGAGUGAGCUAGACUUAUCAUAUCGACAAAGAUAUCAAGACGUCAUCAUUCCAGAGGCAUAUGAGCGCUUGAUUCUUGACACAAUACGAGGUGAUCAACAACAUUUUGUUCGUCGAGAUGAGUUGAAGGCUGCUUGGGAGAUCUUCACUCCAUUACUGCACAAAAUAGAUAACAAUGAAAUACAAUCACUCCCAUACAAGUCGGGGAGUAGAGGCCCGGACCAAGCAGAUACAUUGGCUGAAAAAGUUGGAUAUGUUCAAACCCAUGGCUAUGUAUGGAUCCCGCCAACAUUGAGUGCGGUUUAGAUUAUGUCCCUGAACCAUUGUGGUUCAUCUAUGUGGUUCCUUUGAAAUAAGAUCGUAAUCUUGUUAAUUUCUAUAUAUCUCGAGAAGCUCUUGUCGGUGAAAUGCAUCACCAGUGAAGUUAGCUCUUGUUUUAUAUCCCAAAUGAAGCAUUGUUGAAGAACAUGAUUAAUAAAGAGGGAAAUUUAUCAGACGUAUCAUGAUGUUGUUAGUUGAAACUUUUUACAAGUUUGAAUUAUUGUUGCAGACAGAAAAUGUGACUUAUUUUGGUAAAAUU